AUGCCAGCCCGAGAUGCUCCCUCCAGAGAGGUGGAGGCCGAUCAGCAGAGGGGAUCCCAGGGGUUCUGGGUGCUGACCCCCAAGACAAAGCAGACGGCACCACUCACCAUCGCGGUGGCCUGGGGCUACACGGACUGCGCCCACCACCUGGUCCAGCAGGGAGCCGAGCUGGAUGCCCGCGUUGGGGGCAGGGCUGCCCUGCACGGGGCAUGCGCCCAGGCCCAGCCUGACUGUGCACGGCUGCUGCUGACCUUCGGCGCCAAGGCCAACGUGCUGUCCGAUGAGGGCGUGGCCCCCCUGCACCUCUGCACAAUGCCUGAGUCCUUGCAUCCGGACGGUCGUGGGGCUUCUGUGCUUCCGACGGCGGACACCAGGCGGGACCUCAAGGCAGGGGGUGGCAAGGAGGGGAUGCUGAAACUCUGUGCCAACUUCCCUCGGGCCCUGGAAGUCCUGCUGAAUGCCUAUCCUUGCGUCCCAUCCUGCGAUACCUGGGUGAAUGUGGUGCUCCCUGAGCAGUGGCAGGAGCACGAAGCCUUCUACAACUCGGCCCUGAGCAUGGUGAACCAGCCCAGGUGCCUGCAGCACCUGGCCCGACUAGCUGUAUGGACUUGUUUGGGGAGCCGCUGCCGCCAGGCCGCCCCCUGGCUACCGCUGCCUCCGCUCCUCAGGGGCUACCUGCUGCUGCGAGUGGAGGGCCGCAUCCAGUGA